AUGUCGGACGUUCCGCCUUUGUGCUCUAUGCAUACUUAUUUGCAAUGGAAAUUAAGUGUUGAAAGCCAUUCAUUAGCAUAUGCUGCUAAAGCUACAACCAAAGAUAUAUUGUUCGCUGUGGAUAUUCCUUUCCCACUACUGAGAGCCUGGUACAACCUAGUGGUGUUGAAAAAGCCCUUCCAGACAUCCUGCACCUGUGAUCCUAAGAAAAUAGGCAUCAACUUGCCCUCAAAUUUUCCACAGUUUACAUAUAUCGAGUUGUUUGAAUUUGCAAUUCCUGGUAAUUCAUUUGGUCUUACACAUGAUCAAGUUGUGCGGUCAGAAAUAAAUAACUCUCUUCGGGUUAUGGCGGCAAAAGUGUAUGUAGAGUAUGGCAAAAAUAGGGGGAGGAAAAGACAACAACUAGAUUUAAAGGCCAAAAGGUUCCAUAUAUUUGAUGGACAAACUAUUUCAAUUAAGCAACUUGAGGAAGAAAACACACUUAUUCAUGGCGAGAUGCAAAAGUGGAAGGAAAGAAACAGCAACUUGGAGUCGGAAAUGAGGAAACUAUAUUAUGAAAUGGGGAGGGCAUUGGAAGAAAAGGAUGAGAAAAUUGAAAAGCUAGAAACAAAAAAUAAAAAAUUGAAACAAUAUAUUGAACUUCUAGAAAAAUCUGAAAAGAUGGAACACCAAGGAAAAGAUAUCUCUGAAACAAAGAAAAAGUCAAGGACGCUCAAAAAAUGUUUGUCACGAGCUGAAACUGCUUUAUGGUUCGCAAGAUCUUUUGGACUGGAAUUGAAAAGUGUAAAUGUUAAAGAAAUCAACUCUGGUAUUGCUCAUAAUUUAAUGAUGGAAAACAAUGUUACUGGUAGCACAGAGAAUACUGGAUUUGAUGCCCUCUCAGAGGAUGAUAAGGCUAAGGUAGAAAAAGUUCUGUUUCUCUUGGAUAAGUUCUGUGUGGGCGAUGCUUUUUGCCAUGAGAUAACCAUGCUGGUAGAUGGCUUGCCAAAGUCAUAUUUAAUUAAGCAAAGAAGAAGCCAACUUGAUAAAAUGUACCAUAUAACCUCAACACCCGGGGAAGACCAUGGAGCACAACUUCCAUUCAAGGAAUUGUUACAAAAUAGAAUAAAGGAAUAUUUAAUUACUCACCCCAAUGCUGCAAAAAAACAAUGA